ACUCAGUGUGAUCAUGUGACGGGCUCGAGAGCGCAAGAGGAGCUGGUCGGUAACGGAGGACCGAAUGCCAAUCUCAUUGAGAAAGCGCCUUUAUUGCGCGUAAGAGACGGGAGGGACAGACGUUUCUAGUGCUGCACACAUACACAGACAGGCAAGACACAGGAAGCUCUGGGGAACUCGGGAAAAGGGUGCAUUUUCGCCGCCUCAAGAGGAAGUUAAGGACAAAUCUCUCGCUAAAAUAAAUCUUAAAAGGGGCACUGGGCACGCGGGAGUCGCCUUUGCCGGUAACUUGUGGGAUUUAUCGGGAAUUGUUUCUGAAAGGAGAUCUGGCUUCCCCCUCCGCACGUUUAUAUUUCAUUUGAUUCAUUUAAUUUCAUUUCAUCUGCUGCCCUAAACAACUGUCAUCUCCCGACUUGCCGUAGCCUAUUGCAGCAGCGGAUUGUGCGUAAAGACAGAGACAGCGAGCCUUUUCCGCGGACGAGCCGGGCACUUGCCUUCUUCACACGCGUUUUUUUGUACUCUAUUUAUUAUUUAUACCCAAGCCUUUAUUUAUUUUGGGACUUUUUCCGUCUAUUUUGGGGCGUCGGUGGUGAUUCCUGUGGAAUAUGGUGGGGGAAAUGGAAACGAAAGAGAAGCCGAAGCCGACCCCAGAUUAUCUGAUGCAGCUCAUGAACGAUAAGAAACUGAUGAGCAGUCUGCCCAACUUCUGCGGGAUCUUCAACCACCUCGAACGGCUUCUCGACGAAGAGAUCAGCAGGGUACGAAAGGACAUGUACAACGACACGUUAAACGGCAGCACGGAGAAGAGAAGCUCCGAGCUCCCGGACGCCGUCGGCCCCAUCGUUCAGCUCCAAGAGAAACUCUAUGUGCCUGUUAAAGAAUAUCCUGACUUUAAUUUUGUGGGCCGGAUCUUGGGCCCGCGGGGGCUCACAGCCAAACAGCUGGAGGCAGAGACAGGAUGUAAGAUCAUGGUGAGAGGGAAAGGCUCCAUGAGGGACAAGAAGAAGGAGGAACAAAACCGAGGCAAACCCAACUGGGAGCACCUGAAUGAGGACCUCCAUGUGCUCAUUACCGUGGAGGAUGCCCAGAACCGGGCUGAGAUCAAGCUUAAACGUGCAGUAGAGGAGGUUAACAAGCUACUCGUGCCUGCGAUGACUAACUCCCAGAUGGCCCACAGAGAGGCCGCCCCCUUCCUUAUCAAUCCCAACCCCGCUGCUGCUGUGUAUGAUGUCCAGCAGUACCCUCCCACAUCCCAAGGGAGGCAGGAGAAUGAAGGGCCCAGUGGUUUGUGGGAGGUUCCAUCUGUUCCCUUCAUGGCACAAUAG